UCCAGAGAGGGGGGUGAGUGAGAUGUUCUGUGCGUAUGGCUUGACGGAGUUGUGCUUCCAUUAAAGAGCACGUCCCCAGACCAUCUGCUGCUCGCUGUCCUCUGCACUCUGCUCACCCUGCCAAAUUACCAUCCCUCAUUGUCAGCUGCUCACCUCCAAAAGGAUGUGAUUACUUGGCCAAAAAAGAGAAAAGGCAUGGAUGUGACAAUGGCAUGUGCUGCAGGUCUCAAAGGACCGGGUCGUGUGAGGUCAGAUCUCCUGGCCUAAUCCCAAAACCUAUUUAGGACCUGCCUGCAGAGGCUGAGCUACAGAGAGAUCCUGAAGUUCCACUCUACAAGAGGAUGAACCAGGAAGACUUCCAGUCUCGUCCCGUCCUGGAGCUACGAGAGAAAAUCCAGCCUGAGAUAGUGGAGCUGAUCAAACAGCAGAGGCUGAACCGCCUGUGUGAAGGGACCUGCUUCCGCAAGAUCAGCACCAGAAGGAGGCAAGAUAAGUUCUGGUACUGUCGUCUGUCACCCAAUCACAAGGUCCUGCAUUACGGGGACUUGGAAGAGAACCCCCAGGCUGAAGUACCCCAUGACUCCCUGCAGGAAAAGCUACCAGUGGCUGAUAUCAAAGCGGUUGUGACUGGAAAGGACUGCCCUCACAUGAAGGAGAAGGGGGCCCUCAAGCAGAAUAAGGAGUUGCUGGAGCUGGCCUUCUCUCUGCUUUAUGAGUCAGACGAGUAUUUGAACUUCAUCGCUCCUGACAAGCAUGAGUACUCUGUGUGGAUGGAUGGGCUCAAUGCCCUUCUUGGGAAGGAGAUGACCAGUGACCUCACCAAGUCUGACCUGGACACACUGCUCAGUAUGGAAAUGAAGCUCCGCCUCCUGGACCUCGAGAACAUUCAGAUCCCAGAGGCCCCGCCCCCAAUUCCAAAGGAGCCGAGCAGCUAUGACUUUGUUUAUGACUGUAACUGACCAACCAGUGAACAGCAACAAAUCAACAACAACUGGAUCAAUGACACUUUGUUUAUGACUGUAACUGAUCUCCAACCAGAGAACACCAACAAAUCAACAAAAACUGGAUCAAUGAUAUUUCUCUUUAUUAUACUUUGUAAAAAUGACAUUUUUUAAAGGUGUGAUUUGAUGUGUCAGCACUUAAACAUUUGGCCUGUGAGGCCUGGAUCACAUUGUGUCAUAUUGUAAUGUUGUGUCAUUUGUCUCUAACUGAGGUUUAGCAAGGUCUGCUCCGAUGAAGUGAGGCAAAUGUUUCUACUCUAAGUAAAGUGUGUAUUUGUAUUCAUGUGUUUCUAAGUCUGUGUGGCCUGUGUGUGAGUGUGUGUGUGUGUGUGUGUGUGUGUCUGUGUGUCUGUGGGUCUGUGUCUGUGUGUGCUUCACAACUGCAUAUUGUGAGUGAAUGGAAUAAUAAAUGUGGU